UUAAAAUGUUCGCCGUCGCGUUGUUGAUGGGUACGCUGGCCGCGCUCGCCGCCGGCCGCGUGUACGAGCGCUGCGAGCUCGCGCGCGACCUGCAACUGCUCGGCGUGGACCGCGACCAGAUCGCCACGUGGGUGUGCAUCGCCUUCCACGAGUCGCGCUACGACACGGCCGCGCGCAACCACGGCAGCGGCGACCACGGGCUGCUGCAGAUCAGCGAGCUGUACUGGUGCGGGCCGGGCAAGGCGUGCGGCGCGCCGUGCUCCGCCUUCCGCGACGAGGACAUCUCCGACGACGUGGAGUGUGCGCUGCGGAUCUACCGCGAGCACACGCGCCUGCAGGGCGACGGCUUCCUCGCCUGGGUCGUGUACCCUCACUACUGCAAGCAGAACGCGAAGAAAUACAUCGUCGACUGCGACAAGAGCGUCAAAACCCCGGCGAAGUUCGACGAUAGAGCCCGUCUCCUCAAAACUUCCGACGCGAGACAGGAAUCGAAGCGGCAAUUUGCGAGCGAUCCGUACCGAAACGCGGUAACACCGAGGUACCUGUCCAUUAAUUCGAUAUUCCAAGGUAGCUAUGUUAAUGAAUUCGAAAGAAGCUAUUAUGAUAAUAACAAACAAUCGAAUUGGCUGGAUUUCAAAGUGGACAAUAUCGACGAACUCGAGCUUCCGGCGGCGGUGAGCGCAAAGCAACGCUCAUAUUUCUUAGAAUCCACCACUCGGCCUACGACCGUGACGACCUUAGACCCAGCUUUAAUAGGGAUAAAACCACCUUCACCUAAAAAAAUUGAAUCUAAUCAGUUCCGUCGCAGGAAAACAUUCUCGCAGCCACUUUUUCAAAAAAAUAAAUUUAUCGACGAUCAGAAAGCUAGCAAGACGACUCCCGCUCCAGUGAGAGAAUAUUCUGCAACUAGUUUGUCUUUAAAUGAAGAUUUAUCGCACAACAUAUUCUUAAAUUUAUCCCCGUCUGUGAUUUCCAAGUCUUUACGAGAGUUUUCUUCGCACGAAAUAAAAUCGACUGACUUGAGUCGGUAUCAUGUAAAAACACCACAAUUGGAAGAAAGUUCUUCGAGUGCAGUAUUAAGUUACGAUGAUUUAGCUCAAAAUCCGUUUCUGAAUUCAUUGCCUGGCUUUAAUUUAAAAUCUGACCCAAAAUCACCAUCACGAGCGACAGAUUUAAGCCAUAAUAAUGAUAGAGGCUAUACUUUAACUACAUCUAGGCCGAUAGCUUCUCUGAGGUCUUCAAAACAAAUCGGAUGGAAUUCAAAUAUCCCAGAAUUAAGUAAAACACCUUCAAAAACUGAUGAAGACAAUGCAAAGAUAUCUAUUGCAGACCUAGCGCAGAACCCUUUUCUUAGUCAUCUUUUAUCUGUUAAAGACACUAAGACACCGACUGAAUCGAAAAUCCAUGAAACUAAUGCAAGGAUAAAUUCUAGGAAAGAAUUUUCAUCUACGACUGCGAGACCGACUACAAAACUGGAAUUUUAUUCUUCUCCUAAAGACGAUUUUAUUGCUCGCAAAAAACAGUUUGAAAUAUCUACCAAAAUACCUACAACGGUGCAAAGGGGCCGUAUUCAUUAUUUAUCAAAUAUUGAUAACACUGUCACAGAAAACCCUAGUACAAAACGUUCUACAACUAUGUACAGUACACGACAGUACCAAACUAUAUCUAGACAAAGAUUUAGUACUAAUCAAAAUGAUUUAAAAAGUACGACUGCCAUUGCACCAAUUAGAGAAAAACUGAAAGUUUCAUCAACUGCAAAACCUUAUACAAGCGAAACAAACUGGAGGAAAUUUAAAAUUGAAACUACAACUUCUAAAACUACGACUACUUUGAGCGAAAACUUAUAUAAAGUAACAGAUACCCUCAGAUUACAGAGUGUACCACAGAGUACAAGUAGAACAGAGAUAACAAGUAAAUUACAAACAACAAGAAGACCAGAGGCUGCAAGUAGAAUAAGCGCUAUAAAUAAAACAGAGAUUACCAGUAAACCACAAGUUAUAAGUCGUACAAAGAUUGUAAGUAUAUCACAGACUACAAAUAGACCUCCGACUACCAGUAGACUACAGACCACAACCGGACUGGGUAUCGCAAGCAAAUCACAGACUAUGAAUAGAACAGAGACUACUAGUAGGCCGCAAACUAGUAGUACGAGGACUAUAAGUUCAACACAGGCUACAAAAAGUCCUAAGACAACCAGAUUACAAACUACGAAUAGUAGACUGCAGACUACAAGCAGACCACUAACAACCAGUAGACUACCGACUACAAAUAGACCAGUUACAACAAGCAAACCACAGAUUAUAAAUAGAACCGAGACAAUCCGUCUAUCACAGUCUACAAGUAAACCGGAAAUAAUGAGGGGUUCAUGGAUAACGAGUAGACAAACUACGAGUAGACCAGAAACUACAAGUAGACCAUCGACAACUCUACGUUCCUGGUCUUCGUGGCGUUCUUGGGAAGGAUCUCGUAACAAUGCUUCCACGACGCCUAGGUCUACUUUCACGUGGAGAACAGCUACAAAUUCAACUUUGAGUUCUACAACUAGAAAUGACUCUACAACACAAAAACCUUUAAGUACGAGUACUGAAGCCACGACUGCGAAGACAACCCAAUCUAUAUUCGACCUAUACUUACGACCUUCAGUACAACCUUCUUUCAAGCCCUUUGAGUUCACUAACAGACUUCGCAAAAGCAUUAGUAUAUUUUCCGGUGGUACUACAAAAGCUCCCCCCGCCUACUUCACUUACAAAAAACCAACUACGGAAGAAGUUCUAAGAAAUUGAUACAUAAGUAUAUAAUUAGAUUUAUUGGAAACACUGCCAUAUUUUUAAUGUUAAAUUGUUGUAACACAAUCUAUAGCCCGAGAGCUGGUACGGAAAUUUGAGAAGGUGCUUUAGAAAAGGUGAAAGUUUGGAAUAA